AUGGUCGAGCCUCAAGGAGAAGCCCAAGCGCCACAAAUGGCUCAGGCGCCACAAAUAUAUGUAGCGCCAUCGAACUUGCCACCGCCGAAAUCGCUCAUAUUCGACGAUAAUUUGGCAACUACAUGGAAGUCGUGGAAGAAAUCAUGGACACGGUACGAGAUUGCAACUGGUGUACACAAACAAGAGGGUAUUGUAAGAGUAUCAACCUUAUUAAGCGUAAUCGGCGAGGACGGUGUCAAAGCGUACGACACAUUUGCAUGGGGAGAAGAUGAGAAUCAAAAUGAUGUCGAUGUUGUCCUUCAAAAUUUGAUGACACCAGGAGAGAACAUUGCAACCUACCUAACAGAACUGAGAACAAUCGCUAGAAAUUGUGCUCAUGACACGAUUACACCAGACGAAAUUUUACGGGAUCGGCUUGUUUUAGGCAUUCGCGAUGAUCAUGUCCGAGAACGUUUACUAAGGCUAAACGAUCUCACCUUACAGAAAGCAGUGGACACUAUCAAAGCCGCGGAACAAACACAACAACAAGUCAAGCUAAUGAGCACAGGAGAGGAUUGUGUAAACAUGCUUAGGGGAACACAAGGAAAAGAUACUGGUUUAGAAAGUAAACAAUCCCGGAAGACAAAACCGCCUAGAUAUCCAAUGCGAAACCGCCAACAGGAAGGAUUGCUUAAGGAGUGUGGGAAUUGUGGUAUGACUCACGACGAACGGAAUUGUCCAGCGUUCGGAAGAAAGUGUUUUAACUGUGAUAAGAUGAAUCAUUUUGCGCGGAAAUGUCGAGGAAAAAAUAGCAAAGGAACAGAAAUCAACCAAACUACGGAAGUCGAUCAAAAACCCGAAGAAGAUCGUUACUGUAUCAGCUCUGUUUCGGACGGUGACGAGUCUAAAGCACGCAAAGCUGUGAUUAAUUUGCAAAUUUCGAAGCCAGAGGCGGGAAACUCGGUUCAAUUUCAAAUAGACACUGGUUCGCAAUGUGAUAUUCUCCCGACAAGCCUAUAUAUACAAGUCACUGGUGACAAUCAAUUGCAACGCCUAAAACCCUGCAAGAAGGAAAUCGUUUCUUACACAGGUGAGCACCGUAAGAUUACCGGAAGAGCUAAACUGCCUGUAUGGUUCGGAGAUCAGCAAAGAACCUUGAAUUUUAAUAUUAUCAACGGAGAUUAUCAACCAGUACUAUCGUUAGAUACAAGCAUUGCUCUAGGUGUUGUCAAUUUGAGUAAAUGUGACAUUCUGGCACUGACAAUAAAGCAUCCAAAGGACAAACCGCAUGUUGCAGACGAGUAUGCCGACGUUUUUGAUGGCCUAGGCGAGAUACCAGGAGCGCACACGAUAACUAUAGAAGACUCGGCGAAGCCAGUUAUCCACGCCCCUCGACGAGUUCCAGUCGCAUUAAGAUCCCAAAUCAAAGCCAAACUAGAUGAACUAGUCGAUCGAGAAGUCAUUGUCCCUGUUACAGAACCCACUUGUUGGGUAUCCAGCAUGUUGGCAGUUGUCAAGCCGAAUAAGAUCCGCAUAUGCAUCGACCCACGAGACCUUAAUCGUGUUAUACGACGCGAGCAUUAUCAACUACCUACAGUGGACGAAGUCACAUCAAGAUUGGCGGGUGCCAAGAAAUUCACACUCUGCGAUGCUAAGGACGGAUUUCAUCAAAUCAAACUUGACACAGCCUCAAGUUAUCUGACAACCUUCAACUCCCCUUUCGGACGGUACCGUUGGACUCGCAUGCCCUUCGGAAUCUCGAGUGCACCCGAAGUUUGGCAAAGGCGAAUGCACGAGUUUGCUCAAGAUCUCAAUGGGGUUGAAGUCAUAGCAGAUGAUUUCCUUAUCGCGGGAUUUGGAGAAACAGAUGAGGAGGUUGAUCGAAGCUUGGAAGCGAAUGAGCGAGCGUUUAAUUUUCCAGAAAUGUCGUGA